CAGACCUCGUCACAGAAUGCCGCAUCGUCGUCUUCUACUAUAUCGCCCUCAUUAGCACCUGCCGUGAAAUCACCUGAACUGACAUCUCGCACCCCCGGAUCCUUCGGGAAGAUAUCUUUUAAUUCCAUGAUGGGGGGUCUUUCCGCGCUCUCUUUAUCUCGCACGACAACGAAUGAAGAUAAGGACAAAGACAAAGAAACUCGCGGACGCAAACGCAAACCUCGCGCCUCGUCUUUUGUACUCCCGUCUUAUACAAGAGACAAGGACAAAGAUAAGGAUACAGCAUCCGUAGCUUCCAAGGAAUCCAUUCGUGCUCGCUCGUCAUCUCCCUUCAGUCUACGCCGUUUCCGUCCCCGCGAUCGUGAUGCAUCUCCUGCUCCUCUUCCUCUCGAGGACUCGGACUGUGACUCCGUCAAUUCACGACGCACACUUGCCGUCCGACCUCGCAAUGCUUUCACAGAAGAUCUGGAUUCAGGUUCAGAGUACGCUGGAGAAGAAACGGAAGAUGAAGAAGACGAAUGGAGCGAUGACGGCGCGGGCAUGUUUGAUUUCGUCACCGAGAGGAACACGGAGCAGAAUGCGCUUAUUGCCGCUCAUGAGAUGCCAAUGGGAGAGCUAGACCCAGACGACGUCACUAUGGAUCCUGACCCAUUGGGUGAAGGUGUCAAUGUUGUGGUGCCACCCGAACCUUAUUUUCCUUCUACUCUGAACCGGUCGAGCUUCACCUCAAUCAAAGGCAAGCGUGGGGGCCCUAAGCGAAAGAAGUCCCGGCACCAUGAAACACUUCCUUUGAAGACUGCUCGUCCACUAUUCCAGCGUGAUAGGUGCACGAUCACUAUGACUCAAGGCGAUCCAGAGGCAUCAGGAAGGCGGAGGCGGAUGUACAUUGUUGCUAGUGACCUCAGCGAGGAGAGUCGUUAUGCAGUUGAGUGGGGUAUCGGCACAGUGAUUCGAGACGGCGAUCAUCUGCUCAUUGUUACAGUUGUCGAGAACGAGGGUAAAGUUGACCCGCCGAUCCCUAACCAAGUGGACCGCGCCAUCAGACUUCGUUCUCAACAGGAACGCCAAGGCCUUGCUUACAUCCUCGUCCGUCAAGCAACAUCGCUCUUGCAACGCACACACUUGAACGUGACUGUCUCCUGCCAAGCAUGGCACUCGAAAAACGCACGCCACAUGCUUCUUGAUAUUGUUGACUAUAACGAACCCACGAUGCUGAUUGUGGGGUCCAGAGGCUUGGGUCAGAUUAAAGGCAUUCUCCUAGGCUCAACAUCACACUAUCUCAUUCAACGAUGCUCCGUGCCGGUCAUGGUUGCCCGCCGCAGGCUCAAGCGCCCCCCGAAGCGCUCCGCCCAUCUUGCCAAGAACCGCAUGCACGUCUCCCUUGCGGAGGCCGGGAUUGACAGAGUCGUCCCCAAGGUUGACCAGGACGUGGCGGUAAUGCGGGACGAGAUGCAGCGUGACGACGAUCGGCGAGGUGAGGAAGAGGAAGGGAGGGUUAUCGACGAGGACGGGGAGGAGCCUGGGGAGGAGGGCGAAGGAGAUGGCGCGGAGGGCGAGGGGUACUUGGGCACUAAGGUUGGGGGGUAACAAAAUGCGAGCUUAAAGCUUGUUGAUUCCCCCCCUGCAUUGAUUCCUCUGGGCUUUGGCAUUGAACUUCUGUUUUUAUUUUUCACUUCAGGCGCACCGAGAUAUGGGUGGUUGUUGAAGUAGUGUUGACACCUGAAUGAUGGGAUGAGCACCAUAACUUGGUCAUGUACAUAUGAUAGCCAUAGACGGAAGUUUUUACGACUUGUAACAUUGGAGCAUUACAAAUCGAUUAUUUUAUCCGCGCAA